UUGUGCUCGCCCCAUGCUGGCCCUAGUUCGCAGCAACGCUGGAGGCCCCAGGCCUGUGAUGACAAAGAGGGAGCCGGGGGCCGGAAAGGAGCCCAGCGGCGGCGGCCCAGGCCCAGGACAGGCGCCCUCCCCUCAGCCUCCCUCCCGCCCGUCCGGCUGCCCCGCCCCCUCCGGCUGCACCGCGCCCCUCCCCCAACGGCCAGACUAGCACGGUGCGGGGGCCGCGCGCGAAGCCAUGGGGGAGAAGCUGGAGCUGAGGCUGGAGUCGCUCGUGGGGGCCGAGCCCGCCGUCUACCCGUGACCGCUGCCGGUCUAGGACAAACCCCACAAUGCUGCUCACGAAAUCAUCAAGACCAUCCGGAGGAAAAGAGACGUAGAGUUACAUCCAGAGAAUGAGUUGCUGGACUGCUCCCUGCAGAAGAACCGGGAAGAGUAAGACCAGGAACACACGUGGAAGAAGAAGAAAGAGAUGAUAAAGUAAAGCCUGGUCACCUCCAGGAAGCAGAAGGCAGGCAGAUAACGCAGAGGCAAAUGAACACAAUUACGGGUCCGCCGGACCCAGUUACCGGACUGCCUGACGCCAGUGAUGAGGGUUUUGAAAUAAUGCAAGAAGAAGAAUGCAGGACCUUUACCACUUUGAUCCUUAUUACCACUCCCGGGACUGUGGUGGCCGCCCGAGGGGCCGGGAGGCCAGCCGGGGCCUCCAGGAAUGUGUGGGCAUCGCGUCUGCAGCCAGCGUCCCCGAGGCCGCGCUCGACCCAUAAUCACUGAGUGAAGCUGCGCCGCGACAGCUUUUUCUGGCGCUGUGAGGACCUGUGCGCACUGCAGGAUUUGGUGCCUCUGCCCGCCAUGCGCGCCUCCCUGCGAAAGGGCCUGCUGGACUUCAACGCCAACCGCCUCCGCGGGAUGGACUCGGCGCAGCCCCUGAGCAGCCUCUGCCCCCGAUCUGUAUCCAGAGUUUCUUCCAGCCACGGCUUGGCGAGACGGUAUCAGACUACCAGAAGGCAUGAAGCAACCUGGGCUGAGAGUCUUCAUUCCAGGAGACGUGAUCUUGACUGUAUGGCUGGUUUGAGGCGCAUCACUCUGAACUGCACCACGCUCAUUGGUGACCUGGGUGCUCGUGCUUUUGCAGAAUCUCUUAGUGAGGAUUUAUGGCUUGGAGAUCAUUGUGUGAUGAAAGCAGUUAUCAAAAAAGUUCUCCAGAUGGAAGGAGUGCCAAGUCAGAGACACUCAGGUUCAUCAGAAUUUCCUGUGACUGUGACAGUAGAGAGUCCUUCCUCCUCAGAAAUCAAAGAGGUCGAUGAUUCCUCAGAAAGUGUUCAGGAAGAGCCAGAGAAAAUCUGUUUGAAACAAGAAGCAUUGCAGGGAAAUUUAUUAAACAGAAACAUUGACUGAAACCAUUGAACAAAGGGCAUAACAACACACAGAGGAACUUCUAACGGCCACCGGAGCCAACGGGUCCCGGCACCCCCACCCCAGCGUCCCCAACAAGGUGCCCCCAAUACACCCCACCCGGCGGCCCUGCAUCCCCCCACAGUCUCCCUUCUUCAGGGCCCCACGGGUGGCCUCUCCCCAGGAAGAUGGGCGCCGGCAAUGCCCGCUCCCCCCAGGGCAGACCCUCUAUUUCUGGCCCACAUGCCCGGGGCCUGGCCCUGCCCAAUGGCGGGCACAGGACAGUCCCACAGCAGGGCGUGCGCCACCGAGCCGAGGACGUGGAGUCCCGAGGAACAACGGGUUGGCACAGCAGAACACAAGCCCUGGGGGGCCUCCCGCAGACCUCCUGCAGCCGCGGUCCAGGUCUUCCUUCCCAAGGUCCCAGGUGGGCUCCCAGGUCCUGGGGUGGGCGCUGGCUGUGACCACGUCCAUGCCGUCCUCCCCGCCGGCUCCUGAGACUGGCCUCGGGGUCUCCACGCCAGGCAGGGGUGGGGGGAACUGCUCGGAGGAGAACACACGCACAUUUCCACAACAAGCAGCGCUGGGCCUGAGUGUAUGCCCAGAAAGCACACGUUGAGCUCACGACACUGGCCCACAGAGACCAGAGCCUUGGCUGGCACGUGGCGCACCUCAGGGCUCUGCGGGGGGAUGAUGGCUAGGGUGUGUGUGUUGGGGCGAGGGGAGCGGGGACGCUCCCUGGGUCCCUCUGGGGCCUACAGGGACACAUUUGGGCUUGCCAGUACAGGGAACAGCCUGUCCCAGAGGGGGGACACUGAAUAGGGGUCCCCUCUCGGGAGGAAGGCCCAGGAACCUUGAGCGGCCCCUAACGCCUCCCAGGCCAGUGUGGGUGGCAGCCAUCUGCAGGUGCCCCUCACCUAGGCCGGGACUGGCCACUGAGGGCUGCUCCCGGGUGGCAGGCUUUGGGGCUGGUGCUGGCAUUGGCAGCUGGUGAGUUGUGGUUCUCCAGGCCAGUCCCAGGUCUCCAGUGGCCAUGCACAAACCUAGAGAGAACAAAACACUCCUCCCUCCCUCCAACAAAUUCUCUUGGACCCCGCCCGGACCCCCUCCUCCUCCUGCCCCUCCCCCUCCUCUUCUCCACGUCUCCCUCCUCCGUCUUCUCCCUCUCCUCCUCCUCCUCCUUUGGAACACGCUUCCCUGCACCCCCACUCACACCAAAGCCAGUUGUGGGGUACUGGGCAACCAGCUACUCAGCGCCCUGCCGCCAAGCUGAGCUGACGCUCUCUCCUGGGAUCGUCUCCUCAGUGUUUGCUGUCCUUGUCCCUACUGCCCUUUCAGGCUGCAGGGGGAGGAGAAUUGCCCCUGCCCUCACUUGCGCAGAGGCUCCAGGGUGCUACCUUCCUGGGGCUCCCCUCGAGCGGUGUAGAUGAUCCUGAAGUUGGACCCUGUCUCUGCCCCACAGCCCUUCCUCGCCAGCGCCAGGAGAAGCGCCUCUAGGCCCUGCGUGGCCUGGGGGCCCAUCAGCAUCAUUAGCUCAGAGCCCACAGGGUGGGCGUUUGAGGGUGGCCAGACGACAGGGCUGAUGCCAGAGCCCCCGACUAUACCUUUUUCAGCCUCUGCUGUGUUGGGGUCUCUCUCUGAGGCUCGGGUACCCGUCGUGCUGCGUAUGGUGGCUCCCCGCUUGUGUCGCCGGUGCCUCCCUGAGCUGAUUUGGGCUGGGUUGGUGGAGUCCCUUCCAGCUGGUGGAUGCCGAGGGGGCUGGGCCUGGGCCUGGCUGCCCUGCCCCUCUGCCCCAGGCAAGGCCCCCCCUGUUUCUGUGGACUGCCCCUUCCCCUCGUUAAAAUAUUUGUGUUGCCUGCUAGGGGAGGGGGUGCCUGGGUAUCUUGAGCCUAUGCUCCCUAGGGCUUGGGGUGGCUCAUGGCCCCAGGCCCCAUCUCGUUUCCCAACUCUUCUGCUGCAGGCUGAGGCUUCAGCUUUGCCGGGGGUUGGCCCUCAUCCCUAGGACACGCUGCCUGGCUGUGGCCUUCCUCCCCAGUCCCGCAGCAGCAUGGCACCUGCGUGCGCUUCAGUGACAGGGUGGCCCCUUCCUGGACGGUCUGCGUGCUGCUCUCACGAAACAGCCUUGCCUGCUCCCUGACCGGAGAGACGGGGACACUGGUUUCUGCCAGCACCUGGGCGCCAGAGGCCGUGCGGCCCCUCCUACUUGCCUCUGCUUCUCCCUGGUCAGGGCCAUGGCGGCCUCUAACUCCUCCUCAUCUCGAAUGAGCUUCAGUAACUCCAGGAAAGUGGGCGCACUCCCUCGCUGCUCCAUGAGCUUGAGCUUGCCCUGGAGGGAGGUGCUCAUGGAGGCCUGAGCCAGGAUGUAUUUCAGGCGAAUCACGUCUGCCCUUCCCACUGACUCGGGGCUGUGCUUCACAGCGUUCUGCAGCACGGGCUCUAACCGUACCAGAAAGGCAGAGACUUUCUCUCCGGACUUCUGGAGGGUCUGGAGGAAUUUUAACUGUGAGGUUCUAUAGUCCUCUUUAUUCCCGAAGAUCUGCUUCAGGGCGUCCAGGCACUGCUCUACACUCAUGGAGUCGCUGUUGGCCCGGAGCGCCCGCAUGAUGGACAGGGCGGGGCCGUGUAAGCUUUCCAGCAAACGCCGCUGCUUCUCUACCUCAGACACCUGCCACAUCUGCAUCAUCUCAGUCACCUGCUCUAGCCAGGCUUCAAAGUUCUCUUCGCCUGGGCCUGGGAAAGUGUUUCCCGAAAACACCUUCAGUUUUUGGUACCACACGCUUCCUUUCAGAGGCUGCAGGUCUGGUGGCUUGACUUGAGCCAAGCCUUUUGGCUCUACGUCCUCAAGGUACGUCCCCAGGGUUCUGACCACAUCUACCAUUCUCCGGCCCUCAUGUUUCAAGAAGUACUUCAGUCUGUUGAUAAAUUCAUCAUCUGACAUACGGGGUUUCAUCACCACUUCCCAGGUACCUCCCUUUCCUGGGAUCUGACUGGACGUCGAAGCAUAAUUGACCGUGUCGGCCAAUUCAGUGAAAACUGCCUUAGAGUUGUCUUCCCUUCUGAACAUUCUGCCCAGCACACUGUAGGCACCCAGGGGCUGUAAGCCUGCCUUCAGGGUCUCUUUAAUUUCCUCUUCACUACACUCCACAGGUAUGCCCACGAUGAGCAGGCCCACAUCCCUUUGCACCAAUCCUCCAGCAGAUUCACAGCCAUUGCUCCCUCUGUCUUUGGACUGAUCUAGUAUAAGGGGCAGUAAUCAGCUCACAGAGUUUGACCAGGACUCAAGGAAUUCCGAGUCAAUGCCAAGUAUGAAGGCAGAAUCGUUCCGGGUUUGCACAGCCUCUGCUUGCCGUGGACUCCUCCUCAAAGUCCCAGAACUCUUCUGUGUGUACUGGAGGUGCCUGCUGGAGAUGCCUACAGGCCAAAGCGCCUGCGCUCCACAACCACCACGCGACCGUUACCACUGCUUGCGCGGUGCAUACUCCACUCUUCUAAUUUUAUAUGUGUUUUAACUCAUGUAAUCCUCACAAGAGCUCUGUGAUAUGGGAGCUUAUCUCCAUUUUAUAGAUGAGGAAGUUGAGGCCUAGAGUUAUAGAACUUGUCCAAGGUUAUAUAGCUAAUGGGUAGUGCCAGGCCCAUUUGCCUCAGAGAAUCUGAAUUUUUACAAUAUAACCUAAAAGAGAAAUUUAAUUACUAAUUAUAAGCAAAAAAAAUUGCACAUUAAAGAAUAUGGCAAGUUUUCAUCUAUCCAGUUACAGAAAAACACACAGUCUGUCUUUCACAUACGUACAUCUUGUAUUGGCAGGGAUUUUCCUUAUUAAGCAAUUACUUAUUGACCAUCUACGUUGUGUUAGGCACAGGUGCUGGGGAUAAACACUUAAUAAAAUACACUGCCUAUCUUCAAAUAACUUGCACUCUAAGUGAGGAAGUAAGCCAACAGUUAUAGUAGAGGUUCAAUACCAAGUGAUACAUCGCUGAUGGCAGUGUAAAAUCUCAGAAAUCUUUUGGAAAGAAGUUUGGAGAUAGGUACCUCAGAACCUUAAAAAUGUUCAUUUGCUUUGAUCUCAAACUCAUUUUUAUGGAUUUAUUGUAAGAACGUUAUUCCAAUGUAAGACCUGAAACAAUAAAACUCCUAGAAGAAAACAUAGGCAGUAUUCACUUUGACUUUGGUUUUAGCAAUAUCUUUCUGCAUAUGUUUCCUCAGGCAAGGAGACAAAAGCGUAACUAAACAAAUGGGACUAUUAUCAAACUAAAAAGCUUCUGUACAACAAAGGAAACAUCAACAAAAUGAAAACCUACCAAAUGGGAGAAGAUAUUGGCAAAUCAUGUAUCUAAUAUCCAAAAUAUAUAAAGAAUUCAUGCAACUCAACAACAAAAAAGCUAACAAUCCAAUUAAAAAUGAGCAGAGAAACUGAAUAGAUAUUUUUCCAAAGAAGGUAUAUAGAUGGCCAACAAGCACGUGGAAAAUGUUCAGCAUCACUAAUUAUCAGGGAAAUGUAAAUCAAAACCACAGGGAGAUAUCACUUGACACCCAUUAGAAUGGCUAUUAUCAAAAAGACAAGAAAUAACAAGUGUUGGAGAAGAAGUGAAGAAAAGGAAACCCUUGUGCACUUUUGGUGGGAAUGUAACUUAGUGCAUGGUAAAUGACAUGGAGGUUCCUCAAAAAAUUAAGAAUAGAACUAUCAUAUGAUCUGGCUAUUCCACUUGUGGAUAUUUAUCCAAGGAAUACAAAAACACUAAUCUGAAAAGAUAUAUGCACCCCUGUAUUCAUCACAACAUUAUUUAGAAUAGACAAGAUAUGGCGACAACCUAAGUGUCCACUGAUGGAUGAAUGGAUAAGGAAGAUACACACACACUUACAAUGGAAUAAUAGCCACAAAAAGAUGAAAUCUUGGCAUUUGGGACAACAUGGAUGGACCUUGUGUGUAUUAUGUUAAGUGAAAUAAAUCAGAUGGAGAAAGACCAAUACCACAUGAUUUAACUCAUAUGUGGCAUAUAAGAACAAGCAAAACAAAACAAAUGAACAAACCAAACUGAAACAAAUAGAUACAGAGAACAGAGUAGUGGUUACCAGAGGAGAAGGGGGUGGAGGGAGGGCAAGAUGGGUAAAGGGGGUCAACAAUAUGAUGACAGAUGACAACUAACCUUUUGGUGGUGAGCACACUGUAGUGUAUAUAAAUGUCAAAAUAUAAUAUUAUACACAUGAACUUAUGUGUUAUAAACCCAUGAAAAUAUAAAUAA